CGUGCCAAUUAAUCAACAACUACCCGGAAAUAAGAAUGUAUGACAGAAGUUAGGGAAAAAUGGAAGCGGCGGUGUUCAUCUUGUCUCUGGUGGAUUGCUGUGCUCUGAUUUUCCUCUCAGUUUACUUUAUUAUCACCUUGUCUGAUCUUGAAUGUGACUACAUUAAUGCAAGAUCCUGUUGCUCCAAGUUGAACAAAUGGGUCAUUCCUGAGAUGGUUGGCCAGUGUCUCUCCACGAUGCUGAUGCUGGUCUCCAUGCACUGGUUCAUCUUCCUCCUCAACCUGCCCGUUGCAGCCUGGAACAUUUACAGGUACAUAAAGGUUCCUAUGGGAAACAUGGGCGUGUUCGACCCCACUGAGAUCCACAACCGAGGUCUGCUCAAGUCCCACAUGAAGGAAGCCAUGAUUAAACUGGGCUACCACCUGCUCUGCUUCUUCAUCUAUCUGUACAGCAUGAUCCUGGCUUUGAUCAACGACUGAAGCUCUCGGUGAAAUCUCCAUCUCCAGCUGCCUCCUCCUGGAUCUGCUGAUGUGCUCCUCACAUCCUGUAUCAUUAAAGCACCAUAUAAAACCCCUCAGAACACCAGCAGGAAACAGUCUCGUCAAAAAUCAGUUUGGAUACGAUAACAGAGUUAAUCUCAACACUUCAACUCCCUGGACAUUACACUACAUACACUCUCUUCUUCUAUGGAAACUGACAAAUGACCUGCUCAUCAGGUCAUACAGAACAUACAAACAUACAGAACAUACAAACACACAGAACAUACAAACAUACAGAACAUACAAACAUACAAACAUACAGAACAUACAAAAAUACAAACAUACAGAACAUACAAACAUACAGGACAUAUUGGACACAAACUGCUAAAAAUUCAUUGUCAUAAAUCCUUGAGCAGAAAUCUAAAAGUAAAGACUGAUUCCAUUUGGGGGGAAACUUCAUCACAGCUGAACUUCAUCAUAUGGGAGUGAUCAGCAGUUGUCAUGGUAACAUCACAGUGUUUAUGCAGUAAGAAAUGUGGUUUACUGAGAAUCAUUUUCCUGACCGUAACGAUUCUCAUGUUUGAACAUGUUUUCUCCUUCAGGAUGGGUUGGAUGUGUCACAGCAGUGGUUUUGUUUUGUUUGUUUGUAGCCCCCCCCCCCCCCCCCCCCCUCCUCUUCCCCUUCCUGCUCCCGAUCCCUUCCAGUUUUCGUGAUGUUGGAGAUGACUGAUGUCUUCCAGCACAGACCAGUUUUCUCUUUGUCCUCCUGUCAGAAAACAUCUGAUCAGACCUGUAUAUUCUGUACCUGUAACACUCCAUUUUUACCGUUUGCUGUAUCAACGUCUCGCUGCUGUGACAUGACAGCAGGUCGUCAGGAGAGAGGAAGAAAUAAAACUGACUUUCACAGGAUGUCGCCGUCCAUUCAUUAGCUGAUAAUGACCACUGUAUGUGACGCUCUGCAUGUUCUCAAUCUGCUGUUUCACCCUGAUCUGUUCGUUAGAGAUGUUCUGUUCUUUCCCAUCUGUUAGCUGGGCAAAAACCAGUUUCUGAGUGAUAUAAGAGAAAACCAGCUUUCUACUGGGAGAAAACCAGCUUUCUACUGGGAGAAAACCAGCUUUCUACAGGAUGAAAACCUGUUUCAGUGAUCUACUGGGAACAAAACAGCUUUCCACGUGAAGAAAACCAGUUUGAAUGGUUUACUGGGAGACAAACAGAUUUCUACUGGAAGGAAACCAGUUUCUGAACAGUUCAUGUCUGGUUUUGUGUUAUUGGACAGACGGAUUUCUAAAUAAAAGCAAACUGAUUU